AUGUUUUUGCCCUGCCUCUCGGGGUUAGCAGUGCAACGAUUUGGGGAGCGGCCCGUCCUUCUCAUGACUCUCCUAAGUAUCGUGGCGGGGCAGUUGGUGUUCUGCCUAUCGGUGCAAACUCGAGUGGUGACCGGGAUGAUCCUGGGGCGUGUCUUGGUGGGAAUCGGUGGAGAGACGAUGGGCGUCUUGGGGAGCGAGAUCACUACCCGCUGGUUUCAGGACAAACAAUUAUCCUUUGCCUUAGCAUUGAACUUAGGAGGCUCGAGGCUCGGGAGUGUCGCAAACUCCAUGUUGGUCCCAGGAUGGACAGAAGCCUCCGGCGUAGUGUCCGCGAGCUGGAUGGGUACAGUAUUACCCCUAGGGGUCACUCUGCUAAGCUGUCUCUAUCUCCUUCGCCUCAGUGAUGUCGCGGGCCCAGAAGCGAGCAGCAACCCUCCCGGGUUCAUCUCGUCAGUCUCUCGCUUCAAUCGGAUUUACUGGCAGCUAGGCAUCGUCUGUGUCUUGGGAUAUGGUGGUAUAAACACGUUCACCAACUCCGCCCAAAGGUUCCUGGCCGCGUGGUUCUACAAAGGCGAUCAGCGCGCUGCUGGAUCUGCAACCAGCAUACCGUAUAUUCUCUCCGGGAUACUCGUUCCACCGGUUGGGUUCUUGUUGGACCUACCCUGGUUUCGCAGUCCACCUCGGUCCCUUGUCCUCAGUCAUAUCCUCAUGGUGGCAGCACAUCUGAUGUUUCUUUUCAAGAUUGGGCCCAUUCUACCAUUGAUUUUCCUUGGAACCGCCUACGCGCUUUAUGGAGUGGCGUUUUGGGCCGGCCUUGCCCGAUGUCUCUGUGACCUGUCUGUUCCCACCGGAUCAGGCAACACAAGUAUUUCGGGCAUAGAGCAUCAUGACCCCUACGGAACGUUGCACUCUUCGGACCAUGUUCCAAGACCCUCUAAUAACGAGGAGGAACAUUCAGUCAAAAGCACGGAGGAGGAGGCAGUUGACAAGGGUCUGAUCACCCUUGGCUACGGGAUCAUGACUAGCCUCCUGAAUCUAACGACUGCGCUGGUGCCCGUCUUGCUCGCCGGCACGGAAAAUGCAGCAGGGUUCUCCGGUCCAGAAAUGGUGUUCCUUGCGCUCGCAGCUGUUGGGUGUAUAGCGUCUGCUCGGUUGGCCUAG